AUGACUAACAGCAUUGGUUCUAUUCCAGCCUCCGCUCCAUUAGCUUUGUGGAUGGCCUCCUCCGAGGUAGACCAGAAGGCCCUUGGCAAUUUCGCAGCCGGUACAGCCCUCGAAAGCCCAUUACUAUCAGCAACGCUAUAUAAAGUCCUCGGGGUGUCAGUCAUGCUAUCUAAGAAACUUCUCCGCGCCCGAAGACUCCGUCGACUUGACACCACUCGCGAAACCAAGUCCUUACAACUAUAUCACCACAUCAUAUGGCUGUCGCGCGAAGGCCUACUAUUGUUAGAAGGAUAUAUUAUUCCAAUGGUGGAUCAGCUGGUCGAAUUGAAAGUUCUAGCACACAAACUUCGCGCCUCAUUCUAUCACAUUUUCGUCCUUUUCCACAAUCGGCCUGUUAUAAACCUCAGUACAGAACGACCACCCAAUUCCAGGCAUGAUUCAAUAUACAGCCCGGACUCCCUAGUAGCUCUUGGGGGGAAGGCAGGCAGCACCCAACCUGCGCAUCCACCUGGCCUAGCCCCCGUGCAACCAGUUCACCCCAUUUCAUCAUUCCUCCUACCUCCACUCGACUACACCGCCACCGCGACAGCAUGCUUCAACUACGCUUCAUUUCUAGCCGACAAACUUCUCCCGGGCUCACAUCCUCUGCGCCUGUCUGUUAAACUCGAAUACGCCGCCUAUCUCUACGACUGUCUCCAAGAUCCAAUCGCCUGCCGCCAUCUCGCCAAACACGCCAUUUCGGACGUGUACAAAUCCCAGGAAGGUAUGGACGACGAAAGCUUUGAAGACGCCGCCGAAAUAGUAGGCGUCUUGGGUAAAAUGGCCAAGCGAAGUAGGACACUUGCUAGUAGUACGGCUGCAAGCAGUGAUUCCCGUGUCGAUCGGUCUAUGACCCGGAGUAGUUUCAGUCAAUCUCGUCUAGAUACGAGUGUGCAGACGACUGUCUCGCCUGUUACUGUUACCAAAUCUACGCCCGUUGGUACCAUAACGUCUAGUGUGGAACCCGCGGUGCCGAAUGUGACCAUGAUGAAUCCGAUUUGA